UUAACAUAAAAAUAAUCGUCAAUGGACUCAUCAAAAAGGAUGCAGCGUCCAGCGUCACCACUGCCUGAAUUUCAAAAAUUAAAACUGCGCCCAGUGCCGAAAGUGAAAAGGCGCGCACCACAGCCGCCUAUAAGUCUAGCGCUGAAAAAAACUUCAUCCACAACCAAGACUACCACUCUCACCACUCCUGCCAAAUUGUAUGGCAAGGACUUGAGUGAAUAUGAUGAGAUUGAUGUUGAUGCUCUGCUGGCGCAAUUGUCACCAGAAGAAAUCAAUAUUUUGGCCAAAGAAGUUGAUCCCGAUGACAAUUUCCUGCCGCCCGAUCAACGUUGCAGCUAUGAAUGCGAAAAAAAUCCCACUGGCCCAUUGGAUCGCAAAAAGCUGAUUGAGCACAUUAAUAAGCAGGCCUUGGAAGCACCCGACGAGCCGGAGUUCGAACCCUACGUUAAGGGUACUGUACGCGGCAAAAAAUGGGUGCCACCGCCACGGGAUGAAAGUGAAGUUGCCGCUGAGGAACAGAUCGCCAUCGAUUUGGGUGAAGAAUAUGAGCAUGCGCUGACUGAUGCUACACAAGAAGAGAUUAUCGAUUUGGCUGCUAUUCUUGGUUUCCAUUCUAUGAUGAAUCAGGAUCAAUAUCAUGCUUCAUUGUUGAACAAGGGUCAACCAGUUGGUAUGGGUUGGGACGGCAUUACGAAAUCAACUCAACCAAAAUUGUUCCCCAUGGACCCACCAAAUAACACAGAUGUCGAGGAGUCAAUUAAACGUGUAAAAGAUAACGAUUCAAAAUUGAUUGAACUGAACUUAAAUAACAUUAAGAACAUUUCCGAUGAGAAAUACGAACAACUUUUCCAAGUACUGCCCGAUAAUGAACAUUUGGAAGUUCUUUCCUUAACAAAUGUCGGUCUAACCGACAAAACAGCUCUCUUGUUGGCUGAAGCAAUCGAGAAAAGCAAAACCCUGAGAGUAUUAAAUGUUGAGACAAAUUUCCUUAGUCCGCCUGUUGUGGUGACCUUAGUGAAAGCCCUGCUCAAGUGUCGCACAAUUGAAGAGUUCAGGGCAUCCAAUCAGCGAUCCUCAGUGCUUGGUAAUAAGAUUGAAAUGGAAAUUACCGAAUUAGUGGAAAAGAAUCCAUCAUUACUCAGAUUAGGACUGCAUUUGGAGUUCAAUGAUGCACGCCACAGAGUCGCCGCCCAUUUGCAGCGUAAUAUCGAUAGAAUAAGAAAAGAUCUUGAGUUACGCCUGCAGUUCAGAUUUUUCAAUAAUCUGCAUAGAAAGUCAGCAAGAAUUCAGUAAAUUUAUAAAUGAUCUGAAAAACAUAUGUAUAUAUACAUACAUAUAUGUAUAAUGAAUGAAAUUAAACAAAAUAAACAAAAAAAAACUAUUUACUAAAUAUUUAACGCACUCGUAAGUUAAGACAAAAACAUAAGCACAGCGUCAAUUGCAAGCAAGUAAGCAAAUAUGAAAGAAGCAAGGAAAAGUAAUACGUCAAAAGGCCGCGCAGACGAUCCAUCCCAAAAUAACUUAAAAAGUUAUAAACAAAAAACUAUUUCGACGGGUCAGGAACGCUGUUAGAAAUUCGUAAACAAUUUUUAAGCUUGCCUUCUGCGCUCGAUUUUGAUGUUAUGGCAAUUUUUAACAAAAAUAGAGCGAAUAUAAAGCAGAAAUGGAUCGACGAAUAUUUAAAAAGGUCGAAAAAUACUUUAAACUAAAACUAAUCUCGUUAAAAACGAAAAAGCAAAACAAUGAUUGUGAAAAUAGAACAAAAGUACACGUUGUGCAGAAGCAACGCGAAAAUACACAAUCGCACAAAAAUUACUAUAUCAUAUACAAACAAAAAUUAAAAAGAAACUAAAGAAGAAAAAACAUUUCAAACAUAAACGAAAUGUUGCGCAAAAAAACUUAGGUUUACGUUAAAUCAUAUACUUAAUUUUCAUAUGCACCACCCACACGAUAAGAGUGUGUGAAGCGCAUGAGGAAACAAGCCGAUGAAGAUGAAGAAGACGAAAAACUGAUACUGAUACUGAUUUAUUUAAACACGAUAUUUCGAGAAAUUCUCAAUGGUUUCUAGGAGUAAAUAUUUAUAAAAUUAAACAAGGAAUUAAACUGCGAUUUAAAUUUUUAAGUGAAAUAUUAACUCUACCCAACAAAACAAACAAAAAACUUGAAAAAAACUUCCGAUGAAAUGAAUAGCAGACCUGAAACAUACUUGUAUAACACAACUACCACAAAAACCAAAUACAACAAAAGUAUCUAUCCCUCUAUGCAGUCAACCCGUGAAACAACAACACAAUAUUUAAAUUAAAAAAUACCUACAUACAUCCUUAUAAAUUUACUGAAGAAAUAGUUAAAUCAUAUAUUUAUUCAUAAAAUCAAACUAAUGCCGAUGACGAGAAAAAUUAUAAUAAAAAAUGUAAUUAAUGAAUUGAAAAAGGAACUAAAUAGUAAAGAAGCUGUGAAAUGAUACCGAAAUCUACCGAAAACAUGUCCGUGUAUUUAUGUAUAUACACUAUACUCUCACUAUGACUCUCGAUCGGCGUGGAUGUUGAGCGCAAAAAUACGUGUAAAUCGCCUGAACCAGCGUAAAUAAAUUAUGUGAACCAAUCAACCAACCAACCAACCAAUUUGUUGUUCACUUUAAUUUGCAAAACCAACCGCAAACAAACAAGAAAAACCUCUAAAUAUACAUAAUUAUACACUACUUAAGUUUUUAUAAUCCAAACAAAGCAAGAUAAAUUAAAAAAAAGAUAUAAUUGUGUAAACUUUAAAAUUCUUACUGUAUUGUUGAAUGAAUGUUUGUAAAUCAUGUUAAAACAAAAACAAAACCAGCAACACAACCGACAGCUACCAAAAUCUGCUCUUCUACUCACUCGAUCCACUACUGUUACUACCACCAACUCCAAUACAAAUGCCAUCACCUCUGCAGCCACCUGUGCCUGCACGAAUUCAAAUAUGUGCGUGUAAUAAUCAAGCCUGAAAAGUCCCACUGAAUGAAUUUGUGCAAAAAGUGGCCGCCUACGACGUUUGGGUCACUUCAGUCGCAACUACACUAUUGGUGCCUGGCAGUAAAUUGCAGACAGUUGUAGAUCUAACAGAAAAGCACGCAAGCAAUCAAGCAGCAACCCCACGAAGUGGAAAUGGAAGUGGAAGUGGGAUGUGUGGCCGAGGCACUUACGGAUUCAACUGCACAUAUGCACGCAUAUACAUACAUACAAACUGCAACAUUACGAAUUAUAAUUGGACACUAUUACUAACAUACAGUGACAUACAAUGUAGCAUUUAUAAUUCAAAUAUAAUUAGAUAAAGUUUGUAAAAGGACAAUGUGUGGUUAAUAGAAAAAACAAAAAGCGCAAAUGCCUGAAUAUUGCAUAUUAAAAAAAAAAAUUAUAAUGUUAAUAAACGUGUUCAACAAAAGUGCUUUUUAUUGCAUUGUACAUCUUAAUUUUAUUGUGUAAAUGUUUAUUUUAUUGCAUACAUACUUACUUACAUACAAGCGCAAUUACUGCAUACUUAUUUGCAAAUGUUUGUUUUAAUACAUUUUAAAUGUUACUCUUUUAUAUUUCAAUUUUAUCGAACUAUGUGUUUCACAAGUACAUAACUACAUACAUACAUGCAUAUGCUUAUAACCAGUUUUAUUUAUUUAAAUUGCUUAUUGUUGAGGUAAAUAUUUUUGUCUCAGCUAAUUUUUUGUCUAAUUGUAAUUUGAUUAUAAAUUGUAUUUACUUUAUCGCGUCUUAUGUUUACAAAAAAGUAAUAUUCGUAAAUUAUACAAAAACUAAUUUUAUAAAAAAGAAAAAAAAAAAAUAGCGAACACACUCACCCACACACACAAGCGGGCGAAUGCACGCAAUAAGCAAGUCAUAAUUGCCCCACAAGAAAAUAUUUUCUUCUACUGACCAAAAUGACUUUAACAUUUAGAAAAAACGCUCUGCAUGCAAGGUAGAGAUUACUCUUUUCAAUAUUUACAUUAUCACUGAUUUAAGUAAAAAAGUGCAUACGCAGAGAGAGAGAGCAUAGAUCAUCGUUUGUACACAACAGUAUACUCCAUAUUUUCAUGUUAUCCUUAAAGAAAGCCAGGAGGAAAGCAAUAGCAAACUGCUUGUUGAUCAAAUGAUUUGUUAUAUAACAAUCUGCUUCUUGUUCUUGUGGGGCUUGUAACCAAUGCUGCCAGUAAAUGUACUACAUGCAUGUGUAAGUUAGUUUAUCAAAUACAAAAACGGAAGGCAAAGAGCGUCUUAUGAAUGUGUGUAGAGUUAAUUGUAUACCAACGAGAAAGGAAAGAGUGAAGUAGAAAAUUAUACGAGCGCAAAACUACAAAAAUAUAAGGAAAUAAAUGCUUACUUAUCAACAGCCAUACUAAUAUAUUUAUCUGGGUUUUUCUGCAGUGUCAUGCACCGGAAUUGCGGAAUCCAAGUGAAAUGUCGUAAAUAUAUUAUAUAUUUCAAUUACUUAGCAAAUAUGUGUGCGCCUGUUCUUCAACUAUACUCCGCAGAAAACUAUGUCAACAAUAAAUAUAUGUAUGCAUGUAUAAUUGUUGAAAAGUUUGUAAAAAAUUAAAGUUAUGUAAAAAAAAAAAUUGGUGUUGUUGAAAUUUCAAUUGGUACGCUUGUGAAGUGAAAAGAUGAGAAAUUUUUUAAAUAUUUAACAAACUGCAGUUGCAGGCUUUUUCUAGGUAAGAAGUUGAAUUGAGUAAAGGCCAACACUCAAAAAAAAAAAAUAAACGAACAAAAAAGACAAUUAUGUAAAUCGCAUGCGGAAUGAGUAA